AUGACGUUGCCCGAAUAUACUUCAGGAUGGAUAAUUCAAGGCACCGCACCUAACGAUGGCUCGGCAGCUCUUGUCUGGAAACAUAAUUUGGACUUACCGAAGCUCUCCGAGAAUGAUGUUCUCGUUCAAUUCCACGCGUGGUCUCUGAACUACCCUGAGAUUGCAAGUUCUGAUGCAGCAGGAGAAGUCGUCCAUGUGGGCAGCGGUGCCAAGAACCUUACUGUUGGGGAUCGAGUCUUCCCCAUCUACUACCCAAACUUCGACUUUGGAUCAGCCCCCACUGUCGAGACCGGGCGAGGUGUCUGCGGUCUGGAUGCCCCGGGAGUAUUCUGCGAGUACGCUCUUUUUGAUCAACGCGCUUUGUCAAAGAUCCCGAAGAACCUUUCGUACAAGGAAGCAGCAACUCUUCCGUGUUCGGCACUGACUGCAUGGAACGCGUUGUACGGGUAUAGCCAGAUCAAGCCUGGAUCCUGGGUUCUCGUGCAAGGCACAGGUGGCGUGUCGAUGUUCGCCAUUCAAUUCGCCGUUGCUGCCGGGGCCUCGGUAAUUGCCACGACGUCCUCAGAAGCGAAGGCGGCGCUCCUUCGCAAGAUGGGAGUCAAACACAUCAUUAAUUACAGAGAAGAUCACGAGUGGGGGGAGACGGCCCGCAAACUCACUCCUGGAGGCCGUGGCUGCGACCACGUCAUUGAAGUCGGCGGGCCUGCGACAAUCCGUCAGUCUUUCCAGUGCGUUGCGCGGGGCGGUGUCAUUAAUGUUAUCGGAUUCCUUGCUGGACAGACUCAGGGACCGGAGGAUCCGACAUUCCUCGAACCCUUGGUUCGGGCUUGUGUGGUUCGCGGCGUGGAAGUUGGAAGCCGACAGCAGCUUGAAGACAUGAUCAAGGCCAUCGAGUGUCAUGAUAUCAAGCCUGUGCUGGAUAGCGUCGAGUUUUCACUGAGACAGCUUAAGCAGGUCUAUGAGCGAGUUUGGAAGAGGGAGCACUUUGGAAAAGCCGUGAUCACUGGUAUUUGA